CCGGCUCCCGGUGCUGCCCCCUCUGCCCCGGGCCGCGCCCGGGGGUCCCGCACUGACGGCCCAUGGCGCCGCCCGCCGCCCGCCUCGCGCUGCUCUCCGCCGCUGCUCUCACUUUGGCGGCCCGGCCCGCGCCCGGUACCCGCCCCAGCCCCGAAUGUUUCACAGCCAAUGGUGCAGAUUAUAGGGGGACACAGAGCUGGACAGCACUGCAAGGUGGGAAGCCAUGUCUCUUCUGGAACGAGACUUUCCAGCAUCCAUACAACACGCUGAAAUACCCCAACGGGGAAGGAGGUCUGGGUGAGCACAACUAUUGCAGAAAUCCAGAUGGAGACGUGAGCCCUUGGUGCUACGUGGCCGAGCAUGAGGACGGCGUCUACUGGAAGUACUGUGAAAUCCCUGCCUGCCAGAUGCCUGGAAACCUUGGCUGCUACAAGGAUCAUGGAAACCCACCUCCUCUCACGGGCACCAGUAAAACAUCCAACAAGCUCACCAUACAAACCUGUAUCAGCUUUUGUCGGAGUCAGAGAUUCAAGUUUGCUGGGAUGGAGUCAGGCUACGCGUGCUUCUGUGGGAACAAUCCUGACUACUGGAAGCACGGGGAGGCAGCCAGCACCGAGUGCAAUAGUGUCUGCUUCGGGGACCACACGCAGCCCUGCGGUGGGGACGGCAGGAUUAUCCUUUUUGACACUCUCGUGGGCGCCUGCGGUGGGAACUACUCAGCCAUGGCAGCCGUGGUCUACUCCCCUGACUUUCCUGACACCUACGCCACUGGGCGGGUCUGCUACUGGACCAUCCGGGUUCCGGGAGCCUCUCGCAUCCAUUUCAACUUCACCCUGUUUGACAUCAGGGACUCUGCAGACAUGGUGGAGCUGCUGGAUGGCUACACCCACCGGGUCCUGGCCCGCUUCAGUGGACGGAACCGCCCACCUUUGUCCUUCAAUGUCUCCCUGGACUUUGUCAUUUUGUAUUUCUUCUCUGAUCGAAUCAACCAGGCCCAGGGAUUUGCUGUCUUGUACCAAGCCACCAAGGAAGAACUGCCACAGGAGAGGCCUACUAUCAACCAAACCCUGGCAGAGGUGAUCACCGAGCAAGCCAACCUCAGUGUCAGCGCUGCCCACUCUUCCAAAGUCCUCUAUGUCAUCACCUCCAGCCCCAGCCACCCACCACAGACCGUCCCAGGUAGCCAUUCCUGGGCACCGUCAGUUGGGGCCAGCAGCCACAGAGUGGAAGGAUGGACCGUUUACGGCCUGGCGACCCUCCUCAUCCUUACAGUCACAGCCAUUGUGGCAAAGAUUCUUCUGCACGUCACAUUUAAAUCUCAUCGCGUUCCUGCUUCAGGAGACCUUAGGGACUGUCGUCAGUCUGGGACUUCCGGGGAGAUCUGGACCAUUUUCUAUGAACCUUCCACUACAAUCUCCAUCUUUAAGAAGAAGCUCAAGGGUCAGAGUCAACAAGAUGACCGUAAUCCCCUCGUGAGUGACUGACGCCCAGCCACACCUGGAUGGAAAGCUCCGCUCCGAGCUCGAGCUUGCUGGGGCCCCUCCCCUGAGUUUUCCUCUGAGAACUUCCCUGCCUCUCCAUUCACUUCCAUCUCUUUGGGGGCACCCUGUUGCAGAGGCAGCACAGCCUGGAGUCCUCUAUCACCUAUACUAGCCUGGCUGCCCUGCAACUCUGUCUCCACUGAGGAUGUUAAGACCGGGCUGGGCUGACAGGACACAGCUGGGCCUGAUUCUAGAAGACCCUUGGGUGGUGGGUAGGUGUAGUGUACAAUGAGUUUUCUUGCUUCUUCUCUAUUUGGUCCACAUACAGCUCAGUUUCCCCUGGUCUUUACAGUUUGGAACAGAGCCAGAUGGAAAGAAUUCUCAGGUUUUCUUAAAGGUUGGCCUGUUUCCCCACCAAGUGUGUCCUCAGGGGCAUUAGCACCCCAGAGGCCCAGUCUAGCCUUGGAGCUUUCUCUGGUGCUGACUAUGAUGUGUCAUCUUGUCUGAGGGGACUGAGAACAGGGCCACAGCAGAUGUUUUCUUUCUAAAGGGUUCUUUUCAAUACCCGCUGACCUGUGGGGCAAGCCUGAGAAUUGGUCCAUCUGUCUGUCCAUGGAACAGACACAGUGAACUUCUUGUAUACUACACUGAAGUAGCCAGGCCCGCAAGUCGUUCCCAAUCCUGUGGAAUCUGAACUC